UAUAAACGUGUGUAUUUAAUAACAACAUAUGUAUGCACAUAGGACGCACAUAUAGCCACAGCUGCAUUUACACUUGCAGAUACGCCUUAGUCUAGUUACACUAACGUUACUAACGUUACUAACGUUAUAAAACACGCAGACGGGACCAGCAAGAAGAUUAAUACAAACACUAUGUUUAGCAUGAGCUCGUUGUGGACCUUUCUGUUAUUGACAGUGGUCAGUGUCAUUGCUGUGCGACUCGAUGGGACGUCAAUAUCGGGACAGAUGGAGAAAACAGCAAGCGUCGCCAGCAUAAGGGUUAGAUACGGUGUGAUAGUGGACUGUGGCUCAACGGGCACUCGAUUCAAAGUCUACCGAUGGAAUUUACCUCACGAUGAUGCACUGCCCCUCAUAUCGCAGGUCAAGGACUUAGCUGGACAACCAGCAUCGUUCCGCAGUCAACCAGGGCUUGCAGAUGCAGCAACGCAAGCUGGUUUCCGCAAGUACAUUACGGACGGGUUAGUAUUUGCGGCUGAUUUGAUACCUGAGAGACAUCACAAGCACACGCAUGUGUAUAUGUAUGCUACUGCUGGCAUGCGGAUCCUGCCUGUGAAAGAGUCGCUGGGUGUAUGGAAACGGGUACACGAAAUUCUGGAAAGCAAGGAUAACAAGUUCCUAUUCACCUCCCGGAAAUGGGCCAGAACGAUUACGGGCGAGGAGGAGGCCCUUUUUGACUGGAUAUCGACAGCCUAUAUCCACGAUUAUUUGGCGGUUGGUGCUAAAGGGACUCCUAUCACGGGUGCGUUGGACAUGGGGGGUGCGUCAUUUCAGAUUGCUUAUCAGACACUACCUGCGCCGUUGCCAAACUUUACGGAGUUAAAGAUGGCGCUGAACGAAUACAACUUGUACACCAACUCAUACUUGGGCUGGGGUAAAAAUGAGGCCAAGAAGCAACAUUUUUACAGAAUUGCCGCCAAAAAGGGCCCCGGUGUGACACACUUCUCAGAUCCCUGCUUCUGGCACAAUUCACACCAGGAGGUACAGAUACAAAACAGCACAUAUCACGUAUAUGGCACGGGCAAAUACAACGAAUGCAAGCUAUACUUGAGUGAGCUGAUGGAGAAGAACUCUUAUUGCGCUGUAAAGCCUUGUGCAAUCCGAGGGGUUUAUCAGCCGAAGGUCCCAGCUGAUAUAGACCUUUACGCCAUGGACAAUUUCUACCGUGCGGCGGAGACCAUGGGUUGUGAUGGACUGAACCCCAUUUCCUGUCUAGAUGAGAAGGCUGCUCCUAUUUGCAAUUCCCUAUCAUGGGAGGAAGCUAAGAAGUGGCAAGCCAGCAACGGCACCCAUCCUGUUGAUGAGGCUACUGCCAGAGAGGCUUGCUUUUCAGCCGCAUAUGUAUCUACGCUUUUAGUUGAGGGCCUUAACUUGUCCCCGGAUAGAAAGAUUCACUUCUUGAGCAAGCUCGCCAGCACGGACAUGGAUUGGACGAUGGGUGCUAUGGUGUACAACUCCGUGGAGGCAUCCCACACAUAACCACAGACAAUAAGCAAUUCACAGUCUGCUGUUCACAGUACUCUACGGCACCCCUACCGUUCCUCCUGGCGCUUGCGUUUACACUUUGUCUCGCACCGCUAUAGAGCAAGCUCGCCAGUACGGACAUGGAUAGGACGAUGGGCGCUAUGGUGUACAACUUCGUGAAGGCAUCGCACACAUAACCACAGACAAUAAGCAUAUCAUAGUCGAGUACUCUACGGCACCCCUACCGUUCCACCUGGCGCAUGCGUUUGCACUUGUUCUCACACGGCUAUACAUGAACAAAGGUCGAGACACUAGCAAAAUAUGAAGAAUGUACCACUAUAUAAUAAUGCGCUAAUUUCGAAGCGAUAUACCUAUGACUACGUACAACCUCUUGUCUGUUUGUAGUCCAGAUACUGCAAGGUCACAGAGUAUGUCGCCCGCAUGGCCCUAAUGGUCUCGCAUGUGGGCAUUUAAUACACCACUUCAGCCGCUUUCAUUAACUAAUAAGUAUUCCAAUUAUACGCCUACGCGUAUCGUUCUAACAGUUCUUAAACAGAAUAAAAACAGGUUUAUAGCCUAUCGAAACCGUCGCUGAAACGGGC